AUGUUCCGCCUUAGCCGGGGGUGUGACAGGGUUCUCACCCAUUCUAAAACUCUUAAUGGUGAAAUCUCUAAGCUUCAUGAUGUUUCGAAAGAAAUUCAUGAGAUUCUUGCAAAACAGCUUGAGGAACCAAAAGUCCUUUUACAGCCUCAGAUAACAGAUAUUCAAACAUUGCUAGAAUUUGAAGUUAAGAAGUUUGAUGAGAGUUCUACUACGCUACAUAAGAAGUUGGAUGUGGUAGCUAAAACAAAUACCCUAUUGAUUGAAGAUAUAACAUCUUUUAACAAGGAUUACACGAUUACUCUUCAAGACAAGAUGGAGGGGGAUACUCAAGUCUUUACUUAA